UCGGACCUGUUUUGCGGCAGCGUGUUUCCCGCUCACCACCACGCUCAGCUCCUCACUGACAGAACAUGAGGAGAGCCAGAGGAGGCACCAAGGACGACGCUGCCGGCUCCGCUGGCUGCCGCAGGAAAGUGGGCCGACCGAAAAGUAACAGGGGGGUCAGCGACUCCAUUGACCUGCGAGACAACGACCUGGCCCUCAGGGGAAAGGUACAGAGCCGGCACAGAGGCCUCAUCAACAACCUGCAGCUUCCCCACCUGAGGGAAGUGUCUCUCAAUGCCCAGCUCGUCCUGACGGCCACUGACCUGGGGAAGGAGAAAGCCAGCCAAGUGUCUGCUGUGUGCACCGCUUUUGAUCCCAUCGCUAUGGCUGAGCAUCUUUUGUCUUUCAUGGAUCUCAACCGACUAGAAGACGAGCAGAACUGGGGCACAGCUCAAUGCUACCUGACCCCGGAUGCCUGGCACACAUUGGGCGGGAGAGCAGAGUGCUGUUUCAAGACCGCACCCACCUUCCACUACAUGAGGGGCUCGUUCCAUGCAAAACUGCCUCCUCCACAGCAAAGGAGAUUGUGGCAAACCAAGGCUUCUACCAAAGAUGCCAAAAAAAUAAUGCCCACUCAGCUGGUGAAAAUAAAAGAGUCUAAUCAAGAGACGACCGAGACAGAGGUGAAAAGGAUCUGGGGAUAUCUGAAGAGUUAUUACCGAGACAAUCCGAAAUCACCCAUAUCGUACUACGAGUUUGUCACUGACCCCAACUCCUUUUCCCAGACAAUAGAGACAACUUUCUACACAUCUUUUCUGAUCAGGGACGGUUUUGCACGGAUAUAUCUGGAUGACGAAAUGCCUUGUAUCGCACCUGUAGAGGAGGGGGAGGGGAAGGCGGAAGCUGCAGGAUCCAGCAGCUGUAACCAGUGCAUUAUCACUAUGAGUCCAAAGAUGUGGAGGGUUAGACAUAAUUUAGCAACAAUAAAAAACCUAGUGUACACAUUAUUUUAAAUCGUUGGUCAUAAAUUCAUUAUUGUACUGCUUGUUCUUCCCC